UAACAACAACUGGGAACUGGGAAAUCGGAGAUCUCCGACAUCCGGGAAAAAACGAGCUCCGACUGGGAAAAAACGUUUUGAAAGGUCAUCUGACUCGGAAUUCCAAGUCUGAAACUCCGACUUUCUGAACUAAGAUCACAGGCGUCAUUAUUUGACCUCAUUUUUUGUUUGUUCCAAGUUGUCUUGAAAGCACCAUUGGCCAAAAAGACUACUAGAGUUUCUCAACCUGUCCCCAGGCUAGACAAAACAAAAUGCGACAUAAACGUCAUUUUAGCGCGCGACUGCAAUGUUACCAUGGAGACGUCUUGUUUACAAACACCACUGGGCUGUCAAAAAAGAAUAAUGCAGCCAAUGGAAAUAGACCACCAUGACUUCUGAAGUUUACCUGGAAAUCGUGGGUUUGAUGAAAGAACACAAUUUUCAAAUUGCUACGACCAUUGCCGAGGGACUGAAACAGAAGUUUCCCCCCUUGUUUUUGGAUCCAACAAUUCGUCCAUUACUCGAAUGUGACUGGCAUGUGUAUCUAACCAAUAAGAAAAGAGAGCUGAAAGGGGAGGUGUGGCAGUUCUCCAGCAACCUAAUGUGUUUCGUGAAUGGUUGUCUCCUUGGCGACGAGAAGGACCUGACCAGCUGGGCUGAGAAGCAGUGGGAGUUCACACUCAUCCGUCCACAUGCACUAUACCUGGCCCUCGCUGACGACUACUACUCUAAACACCUCCACAGCACUGGGCACACGUUUGUUUACAUGGACGUUUCGAUCAGAGGGGAAUCGGUUGGGAGAUUACUGUUUGAGCUGUUCACAGAGCUGUGUCCGAAGACGUGUAAAAACUUCCAGGCUCUGUGUACAGGGGAGGCAGGCCUGUCACAGAGUGACUUAAUGCUGUCCUACAAGGGUUCUGUGUUCCAUCGUGUGGUGCCCAACGGCUGGAUACAGGGAGGAGAUAUUUCGGCAGCAGGCAAAGGCAACGGAGGGGAGUCAAUCUACGGGCCAACUUUUGAAGAUGAGAGCUUUGCAGUCUCCCACAGUAGGAGGGGCAUCCUGGGAAUGGCCAACCAGGGUCCUCAUAGCAACAGCUCUCAGUUCUACAUCACCCUGCAGCCCGCCCUUUGGAUGGACAGAAAAUAUGUGGCUUUCGGGUGUUCAAGUGGUUGAAGGCACAGAGGUUCUGAGGAGACUUGAGGAUGUCCCAACCUACAAUGAGAGACCCAAACAAGACUGUAAAGUGGCAGACAGUGGAGUGUUUGAACCCUGACGUCACCUUAACUGCACAUUUUUAUGUUUUUUACUAUACACAAUAACCUAUACACUCAAUAAACAUAUUUUACAAUAUA